AUGCUGGCGUUAAUGCUGGUGGCGGCGACCACCUCUUGGCUCUGCCCGCUGGUCACAGCUCAGCCACUGUGCCGUACUCGUACGUUGAGGACAGGAAAGGUGUUUCCCGUCAAAGAGAAAAUACAAGGGGACCGCCUGUAUUUUUCAUCUGGGAAAACUCACUUGAUUAAGCAUCCUUGUAACAAAAACCUAGCCCUGUAUCUAGGAAGACAAAUUUUUCUCACAAAGGACAACUUUGAGAGUAGUCUCAUUCCAUUUUCCAUCCCUUCGUCAAUGCAGGUGGGCACACCAGAAGUGACGUCAGCACAUUUUGCUGGUUCGGUAUUACUGUUAGUAGUGAAUCAAAAAGUCUAUGUUUAUGAUUAUGAAGCUAACUUCUGGACUGCAUCUACAGGCAUAGAACACCCUGUUUCACAUGUAUCUGGUGACAACUGUUGUUACAGUGGAAAUUCAUUCUGCAUGGAUAUAAGUAACUCGGUUUUUGCUUAUUUGCAUGGAGAUCAGAUAUCUCAGGCCAGCAUCUAUUUCUCAGACUCCCGAGGGUACAGAUUUCAGAAGUACACCCAGGAAAGACGUGCAGAGCUAGUUGGGACCUUGGGGGGGAUCUUCUCCUUUCACUCCCUGUCACAGGUCGGGCUGCUUCUUGUUGACCAACAGAUGGCCAUGUUCAGCUACUCUGACCAUCCCUUGAACCGCAGCUUUGGGCUGCCUUUUGACUAUGACAGGACCCUUGACAUCCUUAUGGCCCCAGGCCAGAAAGGCAUCCUUAUCUUUUGGUUUCAGAAGAACCUGCUGGUUUCCCGAAACUCAGGUCAGCUGGUCGAAUCUGUCCAGGUGCGAGAAGGACAACGCAUCUUGUAUAAUUCCAUUCUCAAAGCCAACAUCACCAUCCACAGCGUUGCUGCCAAUGAAAAUGAACUGGCAGUUUUAACUCGAGAGAAUAAUUUAUAUUAUGGCAGCCUGGGAAUCCAGUCGAGUUCUCUAAUCAAAUUUGCAGACCAAAACAUCUGGUCCCAAGAGGCAGUCCUGAUGUUCACUGACGUGGGGAUGCUGGAAAUACUGACCCCGCUUCCUGACAUGAUCUUUCCAGCUUUUGAUUUCCAGAAGUGCCUCCUGAAUAUCCAGGCCCUUCUCAUGGAUCCCCAACUCCAAGCUGGCAUCUGCAAAGUGGAACUUCUGCAAGGAGAAUUUGAAAACAAAAUGUACACCAUUGACAUGAACAGCCAGUUGGAGUUGACGGCCCUAAUGAUACCCCGGCCAGGCACGUUACCUGUCCCACUAGUGAUGGUGAGCAACCCCCACUCCCUGGGGCUGCAGGCGGUCAUCUAUGAGGAGGGCUACACCUACAACGGCGACACGAAGCACAGACUGAACAUCUCGCUGAAGCAGCAGCACCACUGGGGCAGGGCCGACCCCAACUUCACCUCCAGCAUAAAGAGACCCACAAUAUCUACCAUCACUCUGGACAUUGCCAACAAAGAAAUUUCAUGUGUGGACCUUAAGCCACUGACAGCGCUCAUUUCAGUGGGGUGCGACCUGGAGAAGAAGAUCGUCAUUCAGAAUGAACUUUCAGCAUGUCACCACGGAGUCCUCGACCCUGUGGCCCUUCAGGACAACUAUAGCUACAUCAUUGAGAGGGAAGCCUAUGACCCCAACUUCCAGGGGCAGCAGGCCGAGGAAGACCUGGAGGUGUAUUACCCCUAUGAGAAGCUGGGCUGCCCCCUCCUCGCCUACUAUGACACCCCGUGGAAGCCAGUGGUGGAGCUGUGGCGCGAAGGCAAGUUCCAGGAGGUGGUGGAGGCCGAGUAUGUCCUGCUGGAGAUGAACGGGCUGUUCACCUACACGUACUCCCUGACAGCUGGCACGGCAGGCUGCAGUGCCCAGCCGCAGAACUGGACCACCAUCACUGAGAUGGCCGGCGACACAGUGUCCUUCUCCUGGGACCGCGAGAAUUACAUGAGCUGCCACGACCCCGACUACCACGAACCCUUGAGAUGGCCUGACGUCCCGUAUCAGAUCUUGGGAGGCCCAACAGAGAACAAGGUUGUUUUCGACCAAAGAAAUGGCAUCUACAUCUUCUUCAUUUCUAUCGUGGAUCCAUCCUACAGCUACUGCCACCUGGAGACCACCUUCAGUGUCUAUGUCUACGGGGCCUUCCCGCUGUCCAUCUUCCCGCCGGAGAUCACCAUUGUCCUGCUCACGGUGACCACCCUGCUGUCCGUGUGGCUGGCUUACAUGAUCCCCCAGCUGCUGCACAUGGAGCAGGACCUCGAGGUCAGCGGCUUCUGGGCCAGACUGUACCAGAGAUGCAGGAGCUCUUGUGCGUGUCUCUGGGGCAGGUGCUGA